ACCAACAGUAGCAUGAACCAUUGAUACAAGGCAGGAUGGAUCCAUGCUUUCAUGUUGGUAAAGCCAAAUUCUGACCCUACCAUCUGAAUGUCGCAGCAGAAAUCAAGAAUCAGACCAGGCAAUAUUUUUCCAGUCUUCUACGGUUUCAUUUUGGGUAAGCGUAAUGAUCACUGAGAUUGCACAUUCUGACAUGACUAAAAAUCACUGAGAAGCUCUGGUAAUAAUUACUUUGCCUGUCCCCACCUCUCCAUGUUAAACUAAUCCCGUCCGAAUAGGGCUUAGAGUGAAAAGUUCAUCUAAAAAGAAAUUUUGAAAUCUCAAUUCUGUACCUUUAACCUGAGCUGUUAUAUAAGGUUCAAAGUCUAACUUGAUUUCAAAUACUGCUCUAAGAAUACCUAAAAGGUACGAGAAAAAAAACCCAGAGAGCUGAAAAGCUGUAAUCAAUGGAAAUUCCAAUAUUUACUGUUGAUGCUUUUACCAAUGUACCUUUCAAAGGUAAUCCUGCUGCAAUAUGUCUUAUGGAGAAUGAGCUGCAAGAUGAUCUUUAUCAAAGCAUUGCCGCUGAAAUGAAUUUAUCAGAGACUGCUUUUAUCACAAGACUGAAUUCGAUGGAUUUUUCCUCAGGUGAGAAGUUUGGGUUACGCUGGUUUACCCCCAAAACUGAGGUUGCACUAUGUGGACAUGCAACACUGGCCUCAGCAGCAGUGCUCUUUUACAUUAAAAAGAAUAUCAACCCUGUUGUGGUGUUUGAGACGAUGAGUGGGGAUCUUAAGGUGCGCCAGCAUGAAGAAUCUCUAGUAAUGGACUUCCCCUUAAACAAACCAAAGCCCCAGGACCAACAUGAAUUCAAAGAUCUGUUGAAAGCUGCUGUUGGAGACUUACCCAUUCAGGAUGUGUGCUACUGUCCAACAACAUGGAAUCUAAUGAUUCGUCUUGCUGACACAUGCGACAGAUCUAAACUUACAUCUUUGAGGCCUGAUGCAGAAGCUCUGCUGAAAAACGAAUCUACUGGGAAGCUUAAAGGUGUCAUUGUUACAAUGAAAGGAGCUCCGACCGUACAGCCUGGAUAUGACUUCUAUUCCCGUUACUUUGCCCCUUGGUAUGGAGUCCCUGAAGAUCCAGUCUGUGGGUCUGCACACACAGUUCUUGCUGGCUACUGGUCUGAAAAGCUGAAUAAAAAGAAAAUGUUGGCCUACCAGUGCUCCAGUCGUGGAGGGGAACUGGAGCUGGAGCUCAGGGAUGACGGUCGACUCAACAUCAGCGGUCGGGCGCAGAUCAUUCUUCAGGGAACACUUAAAAUCUAGAUGACUUGCUCAAUCUACUCUUUGAAUCUGUGAAUAGUUUAAUGGAAUCAUGUUAAUUUUGUAAUUCUUAACAAAGAGCUGCACACUGAUUUUUCACUUAGUGGGUGAAUAUGCCCAAAAUUGUUAUAAAUUGAGAUUAGGAGACUAAAUACAUUUUUUGUAAACAUUCUACUAUCUGAUUAAAAACUAUAAGUCUGAAAUCCAAAUGAAUAUUUCAUUAAUUUAUAAUUAAAUAUAAAUAAAGUUGUCUGUUGGGCAGA